AUGGCUGCCGAGAAUGACGUGGAAGUUCAAGACGACUUGGCGAAAGCACAGCGGAAACUACGUGAUUUGAAGACCAAGAUUUCGUCGCAGUCGAAGAAGAACUUUGUGUUGGAGAGGGAUGUGAGAUACUUGGAUUCGCGAAUUGCGUUGUUGAUUCAGAACAGGAUGGCGCUUGAUGAGCAGAAUGAGGUUGCUAGUCAUCUUGAUGAUGCGCCAGAGUUGCAAGAGGGUGUUUUUCCGGAUGACAGAAAGCUUCAGCAGUACGGCAACUUGUUCUUCCUGCUACAGUCAGAACCUCGGCAUAUCGCCGCGUUGACGCGUUUGGUCAGCUUGGCGGAGAUUGACUCACUGCUACAGACCGUCAUGUUCACCAUCUACGGAAAUCAGUACGAGAGUCGCGAAGAGCACCUUUUGUUGACCAUGUUUCAGUCUGUCCUUUCAGCCCAGUUUGACAGCGCGACCGAAUUUUCGUCUCUUCUCCGUGCGAAUACGCCAGUCUCGCGAAUGAUGACUACAUACACCCGUCGUGGUCCUGGACAGUCAUACUUGCGAUCGGUUCUCGCUGAGCGCAUCAAUUCGCUUAUCGAGCACAAAGACUUAAACCUCGAAAUCAACCCUCUGAGCGUGUACGACCAGAUGGUGGACCAGAUUGAGGAAGAUAUGGGUACCUUACCCGAGGGUAUGCCGAGACGAGUAACAGCGGAGGAAGCAGCAAGAAGUGACGAUGUACGCGCGAUCAUUGAGCCUCGAUUGGCUAUGUUGACAGAGGUUGCAGAGAGCUUUUUGCGGACGAUCAUUGACAACAUCGAUGCUGUGCCGUAUGGUAUUCGAUGGAUCUGUAAGCAGAUUAGGAGUUUGACGAGGAGGAAGUACCCGGAUGCGCCUGAUCAGUCGAUCUGUUCGCUCAUUGGUGGUUUCUUUUUCCUUCGGUUCAUCAACCCGGCUAUCGUUACCCCUCAAGCGUAUGUCUUGAUCGAUGGAACGCCUGGAGAGCACCCCAGGCGAACGUUGACGCUCGUCGCGAAGAUUCUACAGAACCUGGCGAAUAAGCCGACGUAUGCUAAGGAGCCGUACAUGGAGAGCCUGUCGCCUCUAAUCGAUAACAACAAGGCAAGAGUAAACCAGUUCUUGAACGAUCUCUGUGAAGUCAGUGACUUCUAUGAUUCUUUGGAGAUUGACAACUACAUUGCAUUGUCCAAAAAGGACCUUCAGCUUCACAUCACGUUGAACGAAAUCUACGGUACUCAUGCUUUGCUUGAGAAGCACGCGACUAUCCUCGCGCCCGAGAAGACCAGCCAUCUUCGCAUAUUGUUGAAUGAAGCCGGUUCUGCGCCGCCAAUGCUGCCAAGACACGAGAACAGAACAGUCGAGUUGCCCUUGUACAGUCGCUUCGAGACGCCUGUGUCUGAUUUGACGACUUCCUUGGAUGUCACGCAGUCUGACAUUCUCUUCAUGGAGACGAAGGCGACAUUCGUGCAGCUUAUCCGUACGUUGCCUCCGUCGGCGGGUGCUGCUAAACGUCCGCUCAACCUGUCGAAGAUUGCGGAUAUGGCGGCCACCCUGAAGGAUGUCGCGCUAGUUCGGAAGGGUAUCAAGGCACUCGAGAUGCUUCGUGAAUUGGCAGAGCAGCACCUUGUCGACCCUCGAGACCGGUAUAACCCUUUGACCGAGGAAGUCGAGCAAGAACUCGCUCAUCUCGGAUCCCUGCGUGAACACGUCAUCGAAGAGACAGACUCGCUUGAAGGUGUCUACAAGACCAUAUGCGACCACAACGAUUACCUUCGCGGCCAGCUCGAGACGUACAAGUCUUAUCUCCAGAACGUGCGUAUCCAGUCCGGUGGUGCGCCGGAGAAGAGUCGGAGCGGAGGUGUUGCUGGUGGUGUUGGACUUGUUGCUGUUGGCGGUAAGCAGAGGAAGGAGAAGAAGAAGCAGAGUUUGGGGCCGUAUAAGUACACCCAUUCGCAGUUGGAGAAGGAGGGAGUGAUUGCGGAGAGUAGUGUGCCAUCAGACAGGCGAUCGAAUAUCUAUUUCAACAUUGUUUCACCAGUACCGGGAACAUUUGUUAUCUCAUUGCACUACAAAGGACGUGAUCGUGGACUGCUCGAGCUUGAUCUCAAACUCGAUGAUCUUCUUGAAAUGCAACAGAAUAAUGUCCAGCUUCUCGAUCUGGAAUACGUCAAGUUCAAUGUUACGAAGAUCUUGCACCUCCUCAACAAGCAAUUUGCGAGAAAGAAGUGA